AUGACUAGUCUUAAAAUAAUGACAUUCAAUAUUGCUGCUUGUCGUGAACCACCUGACGGAAUCGUCGAUGUCGCACGUACAAUUGAACAAGAGCAGCCUGACUUGGUCGCUAUGCAAGAAGUGGACAGAUUUACACAACGAUCAGGUGCUCAAAUUGAUCAAAUAACUGAACUUGCUCGUUACGCUCAUUUUGCUCAUAAGAUAUACAUUCCUUCGAUGGACUUUCAAGGAGGACAAUAUGGAAAUGCUAUUUUAUCAAAACAUCCUUUUGACCUGGUCGUCAAAGCAAAUUUGGAUGGGCGUGGUCAAGGCGAACAACGAUCGAUGGGAAUUGUCUCUUGCAAGAUAAAUAAUGACCAUCUUCGAGAAGCACAAGUGAAAGAUGCUAUUGAAAUUUAUCGACGAAGUGGACUUGAAAAGCAGCCAUUCAUUUUAGCUGGUGAUUUUAAUGACGAACCACACAGUUCAACCGUUCAAUUACUACUGACGGAAGGCGGUUUCAAAUUACCGCAUAAACAGUGCUCACCAACAUGGCCAGCGAGCAAUCCUACGGUGACGAUUGAUCACAUUUUGAUGAAUCAAAAAGCGGCGGACAUGUUUGAGAUAACAAACUAUCACACAUCUACCACAAAUAUGUCAUCUGAUCAUCUUCCAUUAAUUGUGGAACUUAAAAUGAAAUGA